GAGCAGCAGCAGGAGCAGCGCCGAUUCGCAUCCUGCAGCCAAGAGAGGGGCGCCGGGCGUUAAGCAUCCUUUCCCCGCCCAGUUGGGGCCAGCCAGGGAUCCACUCUCCCUCUUUUUGGCACCUCUCCGGACGCAUCCUGCCUGCCCCGGGUUAAGGCAGCACGCAGAGGCUUGGAUUAUCCAGGCAAGAGAAUCAUCAUGUCAGACAAAAGUGAUUUAAAAGCGGAGCUUGAACGCAAAAAGCAACGUUUGGCUCAGAUAAGAGAGGAAAAGAAACGGAAGGAAGAAGAAAGGAAAAAGAAAGAGGCAGAUUUUCAGCAAAAGAAAGAACCAACUCAGGAAGAUUCUGAUCUAGACCGGAAGAGAAGGGAGACAGAAGCUUUACUGCAGAGCAUUGGCAUUUCUCCAGAACCACCUCUAGUCCCAACCCCUAUGUCUCCCUCUCCGAAAUCAGUGAGCACUCCCAGCGAAGCCGGAAGCCAAGAUUCGGGAGACCUGGGACCCAUAGGAAGGACCCUGCAGUGGGACACAGACCCUUCAGUGCUGCAGCUUCAGUCUGACUCUGAACUUGGCCGCCGCCUACACAAACUGGGGGUGUCAAAGAUCACCCAAGUGGAUUUCUUGCCUCGGGAAGUGGUGUCCUACUCCAAGGAGACGCAGACCCCUCUGGAUACUCACCGGUCUGAAGAGGAUGAUGAAGAUGAGGAAUUGGUUGAACCAAAAGCACAGAAUGACUCUGAGAUAGAAACUCAAGAAAAGAAGCAAGACGCGAAGGAAGCUCCUCCUAGGGAACUGACAGAAGAAGAAAAGCAGCAGAUUCUCCACUCGGAAGAGUUCCUUAUAUUUUUUGACCGGACGAUACGUGUGAUUGAGAGAGCUCUAGCUGAAGACUCAGACAUUUUCUUUGACUACAGUGGGCCAGAUGUAGAAGAAAAAGAUGGAGAUGUCCAAGCUGGAGCCAACCUUUCCUUUAACCGUCAGUUCUACGAUGAGCACUGGUCUAAGCAUCGGGUCGUCACUUGUAUGGACUGGUCCCUUCAGUACCCUGAGUUAAUGGUUGCUUCAUAUAACAACAAUGAAGAUGCUCCACAUGAACCUGAUGGAGUGGCCUUAGUUUGGAACAUGAAAUUCAAGAAAACGACUCCCGAAUAUAUUUUCCAUUGCCAGUCUUCUGUGAUGUCUGUCUGUUUUGCCCGCUUUCAUCCAAAUCUGGUGGUUGGAGGGACCUAUUCUGGCCAAAUCGUGCUGUGGGAUAAUCGUAGUCACAGGAGGACGCCAGUUCAGCGUACACCACUUUCUGCGGCUGCUCACACGCACCCUGUAUACUGUGUAAAUGUUGUUGGAACACAGAAUGCUCACAACCUCAUUACCGUUUCAACAGAUGGCAAAAUGUGUUCUUGGAGCCUGGAUAUGCUCUCCACUCCACAGGAGAGCAUGGAGCUGGUGUAUAACAAAUCUAAGCCGGUGGCAGUUACUGGAAUGGCUUUCCCCACUGGAGAUGUCAAUAACUUUGUCGUUGGAAGUGAAGAGGGCAUCGUCUACACAGCUUGUCGUCAUGGAAGUAAAGCGGGCAUUGGUGAAAUCUUUGAAGGCCACCAAGGCCCUGUUACAGGAAUCAACUGCCACAUGGCAGUGGGUCCAGUAGACUUCUCACAUCUAUUUGUGACAUCAUCAUUUGACUGGACUGUCAAGCUGUGGACCACAAAGCACAACAAGCCGCUCUACUCCUUUGAAGACAAUGCCGACUAUGUCUACGAUGUCAUGUGGUCACCCGUGCAUCCCGCGCUCUUUGCCUGCGUGGAUGGGAUGGGCCGCUUGGAUCUCUGGAAUCUGAAUAAUGACACCGAGGUUCCAACGGCAAGUGUGACCAUUGAAGGAGCUUCUGCCCUCAAUCGUGUCCGUUGGGGCCAAGCUGGAAAAGAAGUGGCCGUCGGGGACUCUGAAGGAAGGAUCUGGAUCUAUGAUGUUGGAGAGCUUGCCAUACCACACAGUGAUGAGUGGACCCGAUUUGCCCGGACGCUGGUGGAAAUCCGGGCCAACAGGACAGACAGUGAAGAAGAAGGAACCAUGGAAAUAUCUGCCUAGAGGGGGGGGGGAGAGAGUGAUGUAUUCUUCCUUUUGUCCCCACCGGCCCUCCAUUGAUUACAGUCAUGUUCAGUGUCAAAGUCAGUAUUGCUGUGGCUUUCAAUGCCAAUGUUACCACCAGCAUUACUCAGAAUUCUGAUUCCUUCCUAUUAAUCACACUGUGCUUCAAGCAGCCUGAAAAUAUCCAGAACAUUUUCAUGCUUCAUAUUUCUUUUUAAGAAGUUUGCGAAUGAAAGGACAGAUCAAACCCAAGUGGGUUCAGUUGUUGCCUGUUAACUCCUUUAGUAGCUGCAGUAACUAGCUAGAAACCUCUGGAUAAACUUGGGCUCACGAGCAUUUCUGGCACAGUCCUAUUAAAUCCAUAUGAAGUCAGAUAUGAUUGGGUACAGAUGUGGUGUGCUUCACAACAUGGGACUGGGCCAAAGACUUUUAGAUGUGGUGUUUCACAUGGUGACUUACAUUAUGAAUGGAUGUACUAUAUGAACAUUUGCUGCUCCUUAUUUAUUGCAGUGUGCUGCAUGGAACAUAUUUAUUUGAAGGCAUUAAAAUAAACUAUCCUAAAGCAUGUGCCUAAUGAGCAAACUGUGUUGUCUCCUUAAGCCUGCCAGGGUUGAGUUCCAAACAACUAUUACUGGAUGUCAC